CUCUUUGCCUGACGAAAAAAGAUGAUGUUAAUCUAUACUGUGAUCAUGGUUACGACCAGUGUUCUCGUUUUGACAGCCAUUGUCCAAAGCUACCGUGACUGCAUAUCAAUGCUGAAGCAAAUCCUGUAUAAAAAAAAGACCAGCAAUACAUUGAGUUCGUUUUUACCAAUGGCCAACUCGAAAUUUGAGUAUGUACGCCGUUUUGAAACGGACGACAGCUUGCUGCCCAAUACUUGGCUUGCUGUCCGCAUUGAUGGCCGAGGCUUCCACAGAUUUUCCCAAACCCACGAUUUUGCUAAACCAAAUGAUCGGCGGGCCAUUGAUUUGAUGAAUCGCUGUGCUAUUGAGGUGAUGAAAGAUGUCAAGGACAUUAUACUCGCUUAUGGACAAAGUGAUGAAUACAGCUUCAUCCUGCCAAAGGAGUGUAAUUUAUAUUCAAGACGGGCGAGCAAAAUUGCAUCUACGGUUGUGAGUCUAUUUGCUUCCAAUUAUGUGAUGCAUUGGCACGAGUAUUUUGGAGAUCAGCGGCUUCAAUAUGCUCCAUGUUUCGAUUCUCGAGUGGUCUGCUAUCCGUCCGACAAGAAUAUGCGCGAUUACCUGAGUUGGCGGCAAGCAGACUGUCACAUCAACAACCUUUAUAAUACCACCUUUUGGGCUAUAGUACAUUCGGGAAAAACGGAAACGGAAGCCGAAGAGAUGUUAAGGGGUACAUUUUCCAAGGAUAAGCAUGAAAUGCUUUUCACAAACUAUGGCAUCAAUUACAACAAUUUGGAUCCAAUUUACAAAAAAGGAUCCGUGAUUGUUCGUGAAAAGCGGGAAGUGGAAUCUGUUUCUCCUCGCAACGGUGAGAUUGUGCGAAGGCUUAAAGCGAUUCCCGUGGCUUUACAUGAGGAUAUCAUUGGUGAAUCGUUUUGGAACGAGCGACCGCAUUUGUUGGGUUCAAAAAGUGUAUAAAGAAGAAAAUACCUCAUGCCACUCGAACCCUUAUAGAUCUCAUUUUUUGCAUCACUUUUCCAUCACACUCAUUAUUACAUCAAUAUAUUACGGUUACUGUAAGGAUCACUGACCUUGUGUGUGUGCGUCGUACGAAGAUGCACGCGUAGAACCAUCUUUGCGAGUUACAUAAUGACUUUUUUUUUCGAGCAAAGAAGUAUCAUUUUUGAAUCAAUAGGAAACACAAUAACCUAGACAACGUGAUG